UUUAAUAAAAUAACAAAGAGAGAAUGCCUUCACGAAUUUUGGAGAGAAGAAGUGAGGAUCUGAGGAAAGUUAGACACUGAAAAGCAAUGAUUUCAUCAAAUUCACCAUUUUCAUUCUUUUUCUUCUUCUUCUUCGCCAUUUCUCUAUUUCAUCAACCUUCAUUUCGCGCUUUAGGUCAACAAACCGAAGAUUCUCAACAUGGACAUGGCUUUGGGGACAGAGUUCUUUUGAGUUUCAAAGAGAAACCCGCAGGAAGUAACCUUACCUUUGAUUGUGCUCCUUCUGGUCCAUGUGUUCCCUGCCUCUACUCCGAAAAGGGUGAUGAGAAAUAUCGCUGCAGUGAGACUGGGUACCGAAUUCCAUUAAAAUGUGAAGAGAUUAAAGAUUCAAAGAAGGAUGCUAAGAAAACAAAACCUCAGAAAACUCGUUCUACUUUGGAAAUCUCCGAUAGUAUUGCAAAUUUGCAUAAAGUUUCACAUGUUUCUGGAGAGUUCACGACUUCGCAGUCACAGAGAAUUUUAGUGGAUGACUCAUCGGUUUCAGAAAAUAAGUCGCAGGCUUAUGUCACUUAUAGAAGCUGUAUACCUGCAGUUACUGAAGAGAAGUUGUCAGUGCUUGGUUUUGAGGGCGUUGUGAUUUUCUUGUUGCUCGUUAGCGGAUCAUUCGUAUACCUGAGAAAAAAGAAGGCCGUUGCCAUGUCCGGUUAUGUAGCAGCCGGAAGGGGUCAGGCAAACUCUCGGUUUUGAAAUACAAGCCUGCUGUAUGAUGUCAUUUAUUCCACAUUUUUUAAUCACAAUGUAUGAUAUUUGAUUGUAAUAGAAAAUGUGAGAAUAACCACCCUCCAAAUAUUCAUUUUUUGUAGUGAUUUAAAUGUUGUAUACUAGUGACAUGAAAAGUAGUGUUAUACUUAUACCAUAAA